AUGACACCUCAUGUUUCCACCAACAGUGGGGCAACUAGCGGCGGUCGUGGAAGAGGCCGUGGUGAAAACGAAGACUCUGGUCAAGGUCGUGGUAUUGGUCGAGGAACUGGACGGAGUGGAGGUCGUGGUAUUGGUCGUGGCACUGGGCCUGAGGUUGGAGGUCGAGGUAUUGGUCGUGGCAUUGGUUGUGGUGCAGGCCGCGGUGGCGGCCGAGGUAGGGGUCGUGGACACGGUCAUCGUGGAACUGAAAAUGAAACUACUAAUGAGCAAGCUGGCAUGCAACCAGACCCAGCCAUGGUUGCCAUGAUUACCCAAUUGGUUAAUACUAUACUUGCACAAAAUGCUCAAGAUGCGAAAAACGCAGAGAAUGAAGAUGCUCAGUAUGAGGAUGCUCAGUAUGAGGAUGCUUAG